AUGUCACCGAUCUUUGAAAAGUCAAAAGACUGUCAUUUGCUCGGAAAUCGGAAAACAGAAAAAAAAAUGUCAUCAAGUUCUUCGAACUAUUCCGAAGUUCCGCAAAUUGAAUCCAUUUACGAAAACCCUAAAUCGUCUUCAUCGGAAGAGCCUCCGAUAGAAGAAUGGUCAUCUUUAUACCUUGGUACUCCACCGGACAGUCCAAAGAUGGUUCUCUACAAACAAGGACUUUACGAUCCGGGAAGUGGAGAGAUCUGUGCGAAAUAUAUCGGUUUGUCGGACAGUGAAGUGUUCAGACAUCCAUACAGUUCAUACCCUCGCAUCAAAGAUCCUGGGAUAGAAACGUCGUUAUUGGACCCAGAACCUCAAAUACUUUUAAAUUUGAACGGUCAAGAUCUUUAUUUGGACUUGUGUGAGAAAAUGGGCUUGAUCCCAGUGCGAGGUUUCCACAAAGCUCUCGUUGAAGAUGUAAUUAAUUUACAGUACUACGGUGUUAAUCCAGUAGGUGUAAGAGCAAUGUGUUUAUCAUUGACAAACAACAAGUACGUGAAACGCCUCGACUUGUCAUACAAUCAAUUGUCGGAAGACGCUUGUUACCAUUUGGGCGAGCUGCUUGGCGACAAUUUUAAUCUUAAGGAAUUGGUAUUGACGGGAUGCAGGAUAGGCACCGAAGGCAUACGGAGACUAGUCGUAAGGUUAUCGGCGCGGACUAUGAAGGAGCUGGAUUUGUCAAAGAAUGAGUUUGGCGAGACGGGUUUUAAAUAUUUGGCCGAUCAGAUAGCAAACGGCGCGGUCAUUAAAAGAUUGAAUCUUAGUAACAACGAUUUGGGAGAAGGAUCAGCCGAAGAAUUGGCAGCUGCUUUAGAAAGGAACAACACUAUAAAGUGUUUGGAUUUGUCUUGGAAUCAAUUGUUCAGAGGAUCAACUGCUUUUAUAAUAGAGCUGUGUCGGAGCAGGGUGCUCAAGGAAUUGAAUCUGGCAUGGAACGGAUUGUUUGUGGGUAGACCUAUUUCGUACCUACUAACUGUGCCCACAUUGACGACUUUGGAUCUGAGUAACAAUAAGUUGAUUCCGCGAGCGAUAAAAGCUAUUGCCAUCAGACUCAGGCUAGCUAAAAAACUGCACACCCUGAACCUGUCACACAAUCCCGUGACUCCUGCAGACGCUUUCCUGCUCCUCAGUAAAUUAAGACUUAAAACGGUUGGAAUUAAAGUAUUGUUACUGGAUGGUGUCGGAGUCUCGAAGGAGUUCGUUGACGAACGAAAAGAAAUCUUACAAUUGGAUUAUAGAACCGAUACGUCAGUGACCUACGGCCAUGUGAUACGGAACUACACGUUGUCAAAGCCCGACUUGCGGGCUAUUGUUCUUAAGCGAAUAGACUUUUUAACAAGUAGAGCAUCUAAAAAGAACCAAUUGGAUAUUGGUCUGUACUUCUUACGGGAGUUGAAAACGCGAGAGGCGCCUCACAUGAUGCCGCGUGAAUUAAACAGAGCUAUGAGGCAAGCUGGCUUCGUCAUGGACGAGGGACUUUUGGACGAGAUCGGGAAUGCUUUUCCGGGACCACGAUUGGAAACCGGAGGGAAAACAAUAAAUUUACAGAAUGUAGCGGAUUACAUAAAACGUAUAUGGCCCGAGAAGAAAUUGCCACCGACCCCUCCAGAGCCCGAACCAGAACCUAAACGAAAAAAGAAAAAAAAGAGGAAGAAGUAUUUUAAGAUUAAAUGA